ACACAAGACAGCCUACUUCAAACUGGAACGGUAGAAUAAUGUCUUGCGAAGAAUCUGCCGCUACCAAAUCGUUAAAGGGAAAGAUGGUCAAAUAUUGCAUGAACGCAAUGAGAAAGCGAACGGUCGACGAACAGCUUGGCGAUUUUUCGGCGAUCAUGGAAUGUCCGUUUGACCUGAAAAUCGUGUAUAACCGGACCGGAUUGGAAGCCAGUUGCAGCGUCGGAUCGCUGAGCUCUUCGGUCACCGGUUCGGACGAAUCGACGUGUGUACGCCGGUGCAAACAGGACGUAUUGCACAAGCUUAAAGUGUUUUGCGCCUACACCAAUGACGGUGCACGGCAAUUGUCAUCGGAUUGGCAGGCUAGAAGCAACAACGGUCCUGAAUCGAGUAGCGAGACGCAAGAUGUUUACUCCGAGGUCGAAUUGUCCAAAGAACGAGUGACUGGAAAAGCUGCGAGGAAAGCCUUCGACCAGAAUAUUGUACUGGUCGACCCAGAGAUGGAUAUCCCGAACGAGAUUUGCGAGUUCAUGGACAGAAAUGAGUGCCCGCUGGUCCUCACGAUCAGUUAUUUACCAGCGGAAUGGACAAUGAUCUUGGAAUGCGAACCGUACAGUGCUUCGACUAACGGUUCCAUUAAGUUGACGUGCAUGCAGCAGAGCAAAAUUCUUCUGUUGCACGAAUUGAAUGCGUUCGUCACCAACGAAAACAUAGUCAAUGGAGAAUUCGUGAACUCAGACGAUACUCCCCUUACUGUAGUCGCCAAUGAUAAUGAAAACGACUCACAAGAAGAUAAGCUACGAAAGCUGAGCGACUACGAAAUAUCUCUUGGAAACGUGUCCAACGAGUCGGUAUCGACGGUAAGACCCCGGGAAGUUUUGGAUGACUCGGUAGUUUCUGUGGUAGAAUCGGAUCGCAUCAUCUCCAAUCAACGGUGCGACCCGCCGAGUCGAAAUAAGAUAAACGUAACGGCCGUAGAGCCGGUCACUCGAUCUCAGGAAACCGCGAACCGUACAUCAGUUUCCACGGAGUUUUCUGUGACCAGGUCCAAUGAGCAGCCAAGUAUAUCUAGCAAUAUCCUUGAACCGCACGAGUGACAGGAAUACGUCAGCAGAGCUUCUGAGGUUUUGAAAAAUGUGACGUUGUACACGUUUCAAGAGAACGCCACAGAAUUUUUCAAUAUACUCGUGCAAACGAAUCGCGCGAACCGACUUCACAUGAAGAUGAUUACCGACUGCUUAGUGUCAAAUGCGAUUGACAAGCUUGAAAACUGCGCUUUAUACGCGACACUAUGUUGCGACGCGAUCGAAAAAGCUUGUGUAGACUCGAGGAGAACCGUAUGUCAAGGGUUGUCGAGCGCGUUCAAAAUUGAGUUGAUAAAAUCCUGCAGAAACGUGUUGAUUGAAGGCGGAGUAUUGCCCCGGAUGGGAACAUCGCGACAACACCAGGACCCUGCGCGAUCGGAACAGAUAUUUGAUAUAAAAGUUCAUGACCGUACGCAAGGAACGUGCAGGCUUUUGGGUGAGCUGUUCGUGCGAGGCCAAAUGUUCAAAACCGUAAUGAAUACCGUCGACACGUUCAUGCAGAUACACGACGCGCAUUCGUUGGAGUGUCUCUGCGUUUUAUUAAUCAUAAUCGGACCAAAGCUCGAAAAAAUCAUCGAUGUCUCAAGACUAUACAAAAAACUGAAGAGCUACUCGAUCGCCGGGUACGCAGAAAACACUCCUCUGUCUCCGCGAACAGUACACAUGAUCGACAUUGUUCUGAACGUGCGAAUGUGUUACACGAAUGGUUCGAAUUCACGGUGAGGUGAUUUUGCCGAAGGACAGACCAGGAAGGCCGGCAAUCGCCGUCAUCGGUAAGUGCUGUUAAAGGAUCGUCGUGCGAAUCGCAUCUCCGGCGAAAUUUCACGAUACACCGAAACCCGUCAUCUACUGCGACAUCUGCACAACGUCACGGGAAACAAUGCGUGCGCAUACCGGACCGUCUCUCUUUUGGACAACUCCUCCAACUGGGCUGCGGUCACCAGCUUCGCGGUAGACGUGAUAGUCGCCAAAGGGAACGCGGAACGUGAGAGAUUUUUUAAAAAUUAUAUUACUUAAGUGACCGCCUUUAUUUUGUAUAUAGUUGGCUUAUUCGUUUUUUCAUACUGCCCAUAACUCUCCGUAGAAUAUGCACAUCGUUGGCUGUAAUUGCCCGUCUAUUGUUUUCUUCUAAUUCUUAUAAUAUAUAUGACCUAUUAGUAAACACUUGAGAUUUCAAAAAACUACAAAAAGAAAUCAGUUAAAUCGGUAGAACGUGGUGGUCAAGCAAUAUCACCACUGCGCGAAAUCACACGAUAGAUGUGACUUUAACAUCUGAACGAUUGUGGAAGUAUUGAACAACUUGUUGCCGGCUGAAUUAUAUUGAUUAGGAGUACAAGAUCACGAAUUUUACUGUAAUUUAUUUUUUGUUUCAGAUUAGUCACAUACAUUGCAAGUUCCGGAUAUUAAAUUUAUUAAAUCGAUUGAUAUAUACGUACGGCAGAAAGGAUUUUCAAUACAUAUUUUAACGUUUAUACCGAUUAGAAAUGUCAUAGUUUAAAGGAGAUAUUGUUACUUUAAGUGUAUAGGUUCGUGUUUUCCAUGCGUAUUUCAUCCCACGUUAAUAUUAUUGUUGAUUGGGAAUUAAAAUCAAAUUUUAACUUUUUUCUUAUUUUUAAUGAACAAUUGACUGUAUUGUUUAAGUAAUAUAGACUUAAUUCGGAUUAUGCUAACGUGAAAUCAUUGGUUCGAUGGUUGAGAAACGGUGUAAAAAUUCUAAUAUCGACCGAUUACCGCAACUUCUUUGUGUCACCCUCCUAUUCCAUUGCAUCGUUCUCGCUCCAGCACCUGACUAUAGUGGUUGUAACGUCUGCGCAGCUGGUGUCUUCUCGUGGAGAUGAAGAUACCUGAUACAAUUACACAACUAUUUCCUAACAAGUGUCGUUGAUAGAAGAUCUCGGAAAAUCCCUUCGGAAAGAAAAAUAAAACACGUUAGAAAAAUGUAUUAUGUUGCUGUGUAGCAUCGAUAAAGGAAACGUUAUAUUACAUGAGAUUUUGUAAUUUCACCGAUCUUGUCAGCCUCGAUAAAGGAAAUGUUAUGUGAUUUAGUCGUUUCGCCGAUGUUGUCAAUGCAGUUGUGUAAUGGAUAAUUUUAUGGUGUUGGCUGAUGACAAUCAUGACGUAUUAAAAUUAGAUCGCUUUCAUCUGCAUGCCAAAAUUAAAACGCAACUGUACCGAAGAAAAACCAAGUCCCCGAUAAACGUGUCAACUGUCAAUUUUGAUAUUUCCGCACGAUAAGCAAACGUCGCCGA